AUGGCUAUUGUGAAUAACCAUCCUGAAGAAACUCGCGAAGCACUUUUGAAAACCGAUCCUAAACUUUCAACAAAAGAAGUAGUUCUCGAUGAUAAAUACGCUGCUGUUGCGUCUGAAGCCUCAAUUCAAACCACCAAAUCAGGUCUAGAAGCCAACCAGCAUGAAGUUACGAUUCUUGAAACAAGAGAGGAAGCACUUGAAUUUUUGAAGAACUUAAUUCCUAAAGGAAGCUCAGUCAAUAAUGAUCAUUCUACUACUUUAGAAGAAAUUGGAUUUAUUGAGUAUUUAAAGAAUGCUACAGAAUGGGAUAAUAUUCAUGCCCAGAUUUUAGCAGAGAAAGAUAGUGUCAAACAGAUAGAGUUAAGGAGAACUAAAGGUGUUACAGUCAACUACUAUUUGUCUUCCGCUGAUGCUAUUACUGAGAAUGGAGUCAUUGUCAGAAGCGAUUACACAAGAACUCGUGUCGAAGCUUGGAAUUCAGGUGCCGGAAAACUCAUUAUCGUCGCUGGUACAAACAAAAUUGUUAAAAAUGAACAAGAAGCUAAUGAUCGUGUAUAUAAUUAUGUACUUAAAUUAGAAUCAGCACGUGUUAGAUUAGCAUAUAAAAUCCCUACUAGUAAUGUUGCAAAUUAUUCCAUUAUCAAAGGUGGCAAUCCUUUUAAUCCUAAGCGUGUUCAUGUUAUAUUUAUUAAAGAGUCUUUAGGAUUCUAA